CACAGCAGCUCUGGGCACCCUGUGCCAGGGCCUGCCCACCCUCACAGGGAAGUUUCUUUCCACCAUCUAAUCCAACCCUCUGGUAGUGAAGCCAUUCCCCUUUGUCCUGCCCAUGCCCUCAGCCAAAGUCCCUCUCCUUCUUUCUUGGGGCUCCCUUUGCCCAGGUUGUUCAGCCCUUGGCUGUGCUUGAUAGGAAAAUCCAAAACCUGCCUUUUCCCUGGAUAGAUAUCACAUGAAGGAAUUCUUAGCUUUUCCUUGCCUCCACACCUUUGUUAUGUCUGGCUGGCAGGUCUGGAACAUUUUGGGGGCUCCUGGAUUGCUCAGGAUCUGAGUGCUCAGGGAAUGCUGCUCCUACAGGGAGUUUUUCAGGACAGGGCACAGGUGUCCCAGCCCAGGCUUGGGACAGCAGGAUCAAUACCUGGCUCCAGCCCACGGAGCUCCGGCAGCACCGAAUUCCUGUUGAAAUGUGGGAAUUGCUGCUGCCACAAGGGCAGCUGUCCUCUGGUCAUUUGAUCUCUCAAAGAGCCUCACCUGGGCCCGUGUUGGCACACAAGUGCACACAAAGGCCCCAAUUGUGGCUCCUGCCCAUCCCUGGGGUGAGCAGGAAGAGCCGUGCCGGGCACUGACAGCAGCGCUCAACUCCUGCUCCAGCCUCAGGUUCCCCCCUCCUGCAGAGCCCCGUGGCUGGGAGGGACAGGUAUUUAUGUCCCACAGACACACACUGAGGUUUCCCAGGCGUGCCUGGAGCCGGGAUCAUGCCCAGUCUGUGCAUGGGCAGGAGGCAGAGCAGCAGCAGCAGCCAGGUCCUCGCCUGAAGGGGAGGAUGGAAGGUGGGGACGGUGCCAGCCAUGCUGCCCCUGCAGACAGGAGGGCCACAGCACACCUCCCAGCUCCCUCCAGGACCUUCUGGAUCAUCUUGUCCGUUGCCUUGUUGUUUUUUGCAGUUGUUGGUGUCAUUGUUGUGGGGGUUCUCAGCUUCUCCCCCAGCUCUGCUCAGGCUGGCUCCCAGCUCAUCAGAGUGACACUCCAGGGCCAGCAGGACCUGCUGAGGAACCAGACAGCCGUGGUGGACAAGGCCAGGAGAACCAUCACCUACUACAUCACCUCCCAGAGCAACCUGAGCGCCGUGGUGCUGUAUGACAGCAGGAACGGCUUCGUGUGCUACAAGCCACUGGAGCAGCGAGCCUGCUACCUGAGGAGGAUGGAGCCCUGGGACCUGCAGACCCUGCAGAUGCCUCUCAACUCCUCUGAGCACAGUACUGAGCAGCUGCUGCAGCACAACAACCAGACCAAGUUCUACCGGGAGUUCCUGGGCAUUGUGGCAGGGGAGCAGGUGGAGCCCAGGGGCCUGGGGGAGGCUGUGCAGACCCUGUGUGAGCACACAUCCAUCUUCUGGGUGCGGAGAGGGCAGGGCCCGAGGAGGCAGCGCCUCAUCUACCUGUGCAUUGACAUCUGCUUCCCCAGCAACAUCUGUGUGUCCAUCUGCUUCUAUUACCUGCCUGAGUAAGUGCUGCAGCCAGGCCGCCCUCUCUGCCUCACACUUGAACUGGAUUCCUGAAAAACCUCCGACUUCCACGAGGAAGGGAACACCUACAACAUCCCCAGGGCUUCCUGCUGAUUCCAUGCUGCAGGUCAGGAGAGUUCAGAGAAGCAGGAUGAGGAAAGUUUAGAGAAACAGGAGGGCUCUGCUCAGCACUGACACUGCAGCUCUGCUCCAGGGCUGCACCUUGUCUGUAGGAAUUAGGAGACCCAGGCCUAGAGGAAUCCCAAGAAGCAGCUGGAGUUUUGGGGCUCCCAGGCUGUGUUCAAUACAGGUGGUUGCUGUUACAUCUGGGGGGUGGUUGGCUUUAGGAGAGCAGCUCUCCAAG